UCCACCCAUGUACACGUGACAAUCCCGGAUGUCAACAAACGAUAUCAACAACAGGGAGGUGUCAACGCUUCGUUGUUACAGAUUUUCCAAUGGAUUAACCGACAUUUGAUAAUUAAUUAAUGUUACAGUCAGUCGUGUACAUUCUGAAAGGUACUAUGAGUGAGUUAUGUUGAUUCUACGCUAGUUUAGCAUUUGACGAAGACUUUCAACAUGAGGUCCGAUUCUCCUCUCUCCAGCGUCAACGUAGUGCUUGUUAUGGCCUACGGAAGUCUGAGCGACACUGUUGAUUGUGGCCUUUGGAAUGUUGUCCCACUUCACUUCAAUGGCUGAACGAAGUUGCAGGAUAUUGACGGGAACUGAAACACGUUAUCGUACACAUUGAUCCAGAGCAUCCAAACAUGAUGACAUGUCUGGUGUUUGUGCUGCUGUUCAUCUUUGUGAAGAGGCAGAUAAUGCGUUUCGCCAUGAAGUCUCGUAGAGGACCACAUGUACCCUUGGGCCACAACGCUCCAAAGGAGCUGAGACAGGAGAUAGACUCUGGUCUGUCCAAGGUUCAGGAGAUCCGCUUUGAGCCACGCCUGCUGUCUGAACAGGACGACAGACUACAGAGUGGCGGUUGCUAUGACUACCUGUACAGAAUGAGGGCACUAGAUGCCAUACGAGACUCUGAUAUUCCGUUCAGUGAGUUGGGAGGGACUCCCACAGCUGUGACAGGGAGGAGAUUCCGCGCCUGGCUUCUAGAUCUGAGGAGUUCCCAUUCCCUGUUCUGCAGCAGCCGUAGUUCCCUCAUAGACACACUGCUGGAGGGCUACCACAACGCUCGCCACGGCACCGGGGUGUUUGGAGAAGCAGAGUUUGUCAAAUACAAGGAAGCCCUGAGCGAACUGGCCUCUGUUUAUUUUUCUCUCCCCAGUGUGAAGAGCCACUCCAGUUCCACCAGUCUGGACCAGCAUCACCAGUUAGCAGCUAAAGACUUGACCAGUACCCCAGAGCCCACCCCCCCCUCUCCCCCCUCCCAGGUCACAUACCUGCCGUCAGCUGGGCAACGCACCAAACGACCAAAACACUUCCUGGAACUCAAGAACUUUAAAGACAAGUACAACACCUUGGAAAGCACAUUCUGAGAACUACAAUCUCCUAUGGCAUAACACGAGAAACUACAAUUCCCUACAGCAUACCUUGAGAAACGACAACUUGCUGCCUCUGACAACUGCAACUCCCUAGAAAACAACAACUCCUUUGCUACCACUUUAAAUCUGUUUUGUUGCGACUACUGGACUCACUUUCCUUCUCUAUUUCCAAAGUAGAUGGCCUAGUGAGAGAAAAAAAAUCUGUCGUUCUGCCCCUGAACAAGGCAGUUAACCCACUGUUCCUAUGCCGUCAUUGUAAAUAAGAAUUUGUUCUUAACUGACUUUCCUAGUUAAAUGAAGGUUCAAUAAAACGGAAAUGAAGGUAGUGAUAAGUAGA